GAGGAUACAGGAGGAAGAAGAAGAGGAGGAGGAGGAGAGAAAGAAGAAGCGCGUCCCUUUUAACUCCUGCCAGAGCCCCCUCGCCCUCCCCUUCCUCCUCCUCUUCCUCCUCCUCCUCCUCUGCUUAUGCCCGGCUGCGCCCAGCGAUGACCCUGAGCUCGGAGAUGUCCGAUGCCGCCUCGGUUCUGGCCGAAGAGACGGACAUCGACGUGGUGGGAGAAGGAGACGAGGAGGACGACGAGGAGGAGGAAGACGAGGACGAGGAGGACGAGGAGCCUCUCUCCCGGCGGCCUUACGAGGAGGAGGAAGAAGAGGAAGGCUGCGAGGAGGAGCUGUGCCUGCCCCGGGGCUCCUCUUCCUCCUCCUCUUCCUCCUCCUCUUCCUCGCCUUCCUCCUCCUCCUCCUCGGCGUCUCCCCAGCAGGGCCCGCUGCGCUGCUCGUCCUCGGGCCUGGUGGUCGCGGGGCCGGGCUCGUGCUCCCCCCCGGGCCCGGGCUCUGCUCCGGCGGGGAAGCACAGCCUGGUGAAGCCGCCCUACUCCUACAUCGCGCUCAUCACCAUGGCCAUCCUGCAGAGCGCCAAGAAGCGCCUGACGCUGAGCGAGAUCUGCGAGUUCAUCAGCGGGCGCUUCCCGUACUACCGGGAGAAGUUCCCCGCCUGGCAGAACUCCAUCCGGCACAACCUCUCGCUCAACGACUGCUUCGUCAAGAUCCCCCGCGAGCCGGGCAACCCGGGCAAGGGCAACUACUGGACGCUGGACCCGGAGUCGGCAGACAUGUUCGACAACGGCUCCUUCCUCCGGCGCAGGAAGCGCUUCAAGAGGCAGCAGCAGCAGCACCAGCAACCGGGGGUGCCUUCGGUGGGGUCCGCGGCGCCCGAGCUGCUCCUCCUCCGCGGGAUGGAGCCCGCCGCUUUCCUCCAGCACCCGCCGCCCCCUCCGCCGCCCCCGCCGCCGCCCCCCUUCGCCUACGGGCCCUACAGCUGCGGGUACGGCCUCCAGCUCCAGCCCUACGCCCCGCACUCGGCCCUCUUCGCCUUCCAGGCCCCCUCAGCGAGGCGGCAGAACCACCACCACAACCACCAGCAGCAGCAGCAACCGCAGCAGCAACCACAGCCCCCUCCUCCGCCUCCGCUGCUCCCGGCUCCGGAGAUGCCCGCCAGGACGAGCCCGGCCUUCGCCUUCUCCCUGCAGGCCAACCCCAAAGCCGUAGCCAGGUCGCCCUUCUCCAUCGAGAGCCUCAUCGGGGGAGGACUCAGCCCCGCGGCGCCGGUGAGGGAUGGGGCCGCCUUGGGCGCCUCCCCGACCCCCGCUUCCUUAGGGAGCCUCCACCAAGGCGCCCAGGACUUCGCCGCCAGGAUUCCCAACUGCUAGAACUGCUGGGCCCUCUCUCUCUCUCUCUCUCUCGCUCGCUCUGAGCUCUCCCUGCAGAGCAGCCUGCCACCUCGGCUUUGGGGGGCACCAGAAGAGACUCUGGCUCGGUGCCUCAAUGUGAGCCGGUUUGGCUAAUGCAAAGCCAUCUCUAACACAGAGAGAAGGGUCCCUCCAUCCCUUCCUUAGGGACCCUCCGCCAAGGGAUGGCCCUCAACAUCGUCAAGAAAAUUUCCUAUUGUCAAACUGUCUGGACUGCAAGGUAGCGUUGGUCUCUCUGUUUUAUAUUCUGAUCUCGUCCAGCAGCCAUCUACUUGGGUUUUGGAAGGAAUGAGAGGAGACUUUGGCUAGAUGCCUCAACUCAAUGUGUACCCGCUUGGUUGGCACCUCUGUUUAUGCAAAGCCAUUUCUAACACAGAGGGACUCAGGACAGAGAAGGGUCUCUCCAUCCCUUCCCCAGGGACCCUCCGACAGGGGAUGGCCCUCAACAGCUUCAAGAAAUGUGUUGUCUAAGGCCUGAAGGCUUUCGUGGUCAGAAUCACUGGGUUGCUGUGAGUUUUCUCGGCCUAAAUGGCCAUGUUCCAGAAGCAUUCUUUCUGGGAUCCCCACCUCCUCCAAGGAGAACUAAACUAGGCUCUACAGGCCAAUGGAUACUCCACCACAGACAUCAGAAGUUCUACAAGGCCAGGAACAAGCCUCGGGUGUAAAGACAAAGAUCCACCCAGAGGAAAAGUGUUCUUACCAUCCUGUCAUCUUAUCUAACUAUAUUUAGACUUGAGUAGUCCAGGGUGAUUCCCAACACUUACCAUACAUCAAGGGAACCACUGACUGCAUAGGGAAGCUGAUGAAGGAAAACAACCUACAAACUAUCUACAGACCCACUGAGAAAAUCCAACAAAUUCUACAUUCAGGACAAGAGGGAUCUUCUCACCUCUGCAGCACUCUACUGUAUACCAUGCAGCUGUGGACAAGUCUACAUGCAGCAUUGCCCAAUCAAGAAACAUGAAAGGCACUGCAGACUAAUUGAACCAGAGAAAUCAGCCAUAGCAGAGGACUUGAUGAACCAACCUGGGCGCAGCAUAUUAUUUGAGAAUACAGAAAUGCUGGACCACUUUUAACAACCACCAUGUCAGACUACAAAGAGAAGCCACUGAAAUCCAUAAGCAUGUGGACAAUUUCAACAGAAAGGAGGAAAGUAUGCAAAUGAACAAAAUCUGGCUACCAGUAUUUUUUAAAAACUCUAAAAUCAGGACAGUAAAUAAAGAACAGCACUCUGAAAACAAGGGAAUUCCAGACAUGAAACAACCAGGGCCAGCAGACACCUCCCAACAAAGGAAUCAGCCAGGCCUUGAAGCUACAAGGCGUUUCAGUGCUAAUCACGAUGAUUAAUUGCAGCAUUCACACUUGCCUCCAACAGACAAGAGUUUUUCUCCCACCCUGGACCUUCCCUUGCUUAGUUUCCAACAGACCUCACAGCCUCUGAAGAUGCUUGCCAUAGACGUGGGCGAAAGAUCAGGAGAGAAUGCUUCUGGAACAUGCCCACACAGCCCGGAAAUUUCACAGCAACCCAAUGAGUUAUUCCUUCCUUCCUUCCUUCUUUGUAGGGCAGCAGAGAAGUGGCCCUUCAUUCCCUCCCCAGCAAGAGACAACAUGGAACAUUUGGCCACGAGGAUUUCCAGUUGUUUAAACUGUCCGGUCCUCCAGGUAGGAUUGCUCUCUCUGCUUUGCUUUCUUUUUGAGUUUCCCUCGAAACUUUGGUUGUCGCUUUUGGGUGGAAUGAGAAGAGACUUUGACUAGGAGGCUGCAUUGGCACGAAUGGUUGGGCUCUCCCGGCUUCAGUCGCUCUAUUUAUACGAAGCCAUUUGUAACAACAAGAGAGAGGAAAGGCAGAGGAGUGGCCCUCCAAUCCUUCCCAGAAAAAAGACGCCGCCUGUUCUGAUUAUUUUUGUAUUUUUGGGACCCUCUCCACCCCAUUUGUUCCCAUUGCAAAGAUUCCAGGGAUUAAAAUAACUGCAAACUGUAGCAAAAGAUAGAGACAAACAGUGACGCCAUGGGCAGGGGAGAAAACAGACAGGAAAGGAAGACCUUGGGAGAGACGGAGGCCUUCUUUCCUUGCAGCUCGCUUGACUUCCAUGCUUUUGUAUUAACAUGUUUACACAGAAGAAAGUCGAGAUUAUCAUUUCUUAUUUUAACCUGUGUUUUUGUAUCAUAAUAGGUUUAUGGAAUUCCCCCCUCCCUUUUAUUUUGUACUUUUUGCCUAUUCUUUACGAGGAAUAUUGUUUAUGAUGAUUUGCAAGUAUUAUUCUACCGAUUCUAAUUGUAAAAAAAUAUUAAUAAUACCCAACUUUUUUUACACGAUUUCCAAAAUAAAAGCAAUUAAUUUUCAACAAAAUAAAUGCCAUUCCUGGUUUAAGGCCUUCGGAUCGUUAGUGUUUUCCACUACCGAGCGUUUAAUACAUGCCUUAUUGAUCUUACUCUGUUCUGCGGGUUAGCUGUGAUACCGAGGCUGAUGGAUAUUAUUAUGGAGAAAAAGCUAUAGAAAGGGCUUUCCUGGCCAAAUAAAAAGAGUAUGGAAUUAUAUGCAAUCAACUUAAAAAAAAUAGCACUGCAUUUAACCCUGUUAUCCCCAUGGUAUUUGGUGGGACUGACACCUUAAAUAUGAAGGCUUAGUUGGGAGAAGAGCCCCUGAACUUCUGUAAGUAGAGAGGAUCAUUGGCAUCUUGAAAGUACUUCUUACUGAGCAGUUCAGAAGGAAUCAACAGGGUCGGUUCUCUAGUUAAAUGGGAUCAGCUUACUUUCUGGACGGUAUUUAAGCUUCCCUCGCUCAUGGGUGAAUUGUUAUAUAUCAGAUGGUAAAAAUAUGAUUUUUUCCCCCCAAGUCCAGGUAACUAAACAAAUAAAAUAAAAUAAAUCCAGAGUCACCAAAGAAAAGAAAAUUAACUCUUCUAGUAAGGAGAAUUUUCAGCCUUUGCAGACUCCGAUUAUGAAUGCAACAUUUUGUAUUUGAAUGAAAUAAAUGUAGAUUAUUUUGACAGUUUUAAAGCCUUGUCUGUGGGUCUGCAGCAUGUGAAACAGAGGGAUUCCUUUGUGGUUUUGGGGGGGUAUGAAUGCAUUUUGAUUGAAAUGUUACAAGUCCUUAAAUUGAGAUUUUACAAGUCCUUGCCUAGUUGCAGAAUAUUGCCUACGUUGAGAAAUCAUUCUCUCUCUAGAAUAUAAAAUACUAUGUGUUUUAACAUUAUGUAUCAGUUAAACGGACAGAUACCAAUGCUUUCUGUUUUGCUUUCAAAUAUAUCAAGGGUUGGGAAACAGGUGUGAGAUUAUUAAUCACUUUUAAAACUGGAAAGCAUUUAAAAUUGUCUAAAAGUAAUGAUACAAACAAGGAUUGGUACCAGCUAGGCCAGCGACAGGCCUACUCAUUUUGAAAUAAAUCCCAGUUCAAAUAACAGGAUUUCCCUCCUCUAGUGAAUAUUAUUAGGAGAAAUCUGGAGAAGAAUGUUUUACUGAUUGAGGUUGGGUGAGAUUUUGUUCAGUUUUAUGAAUAUUUCACUUUUCCUUCUUAUGAAUCUGCAAAACAGAGAUGAUGUUUCUAGGAAAUUAUAAAGCCAUUGUGAUUCUGGAAUAAAUGGGGAGACCUCGA